AUGAGGCCCCCAACGCAUUUUGGUAACGAUAUUACCAACACUGAAGCGAACGGUGACGAUCAGCAGAACAACAACAACAAUAACAAUGGAGGAGGCGGAAAUGGUGGCAAUAACAAUGGCGGAAACAACACGGACUACAUCGUCGAGCGGUUGACGCAGAUGGGCGCCACAAUUAACUUCCCGAAGGUGGCGGGCCGUGGCAUUAUCCGCGUGGUGGAGCGCUGCGAUGAUGCGAAGGAGAACAGCAAUCUAGAUCUUUCGGAAUGCGAGCUGAUCCAGGUGCCGGAUGCAGUCUACCAUCUGAUGAGACACACCGAGUUGAAGACAUGUGAUUUGAGCAGCAAUGUAAUUACGAAGAUAUCUCCCAAGUUUGCUGUCAAGUUCAGCUUUAUCACAGAUCUCAACUUGUCGCACAACCAAAUGGCCCGACUACCCGACGAACUGGCCGAUUUGCACUCGCUGGAAACACUGGACAUAUCCCACAACACCUUCAUCACACUGCCCGCCGUCGUGUUUAAGAUGCCCAAGCUACGCGAGCUGAAGGCCAACAAUAACGCCAUCAUCGACAUCGAUCGGGACGAAAUCAUCACGUCCGAUUCGCUCGAGGUGGUCGAUCUGCGGCACAAUCCGCUUACGCCGAUGUGUCACGAUCUGCUCAAGCAUGCCGUCGUCUCGUUCCGGAUCGAGCUAUCCGAGCGAGAGAAGGAAGAUUGGGAAGAUUUGACGAUUUGA